GGAACACGUUUGCCUUCCUGCGGUACGGGAAGCAUACAACCUCGUUUUUACCACUCAACAAAAACAACCAGAUUUUCUUCCUCUGUGCGUGUGUGUGCGCGCCGUUGCGCGAUUACAGCAGCACCUAGCGUUCCUUCUUUUUCUCUUCCAGUAGCACUAAACUUGAAAUCGAAGCAGUAUUUACCGUAUAUUUUAAUUUAUUUGUUCAUCGACUAGCGAACAACGAACCCCUGUGACCAUGAACAUUCGUCAGCGGAAGGCGGAGCGCCACAAGGAGACGCUGCGGAAGCUGAGUCAGGAAGGCGGAAACAAGUACUGCUUUGACUGCGACAUGCGGGGUCCCCUCUACGUCGUGUCGGACUUCAACAUCCUCGUCUGCUCCAGCUGCAGCGCGGUGCAUCGCUCCUUCCAGCACAAAGUGAAGGGCAUCACGAUGAGCGAGUUCAACGAGGACGAGAUCGCACGUUUCAUGCUCGGCGGAAACGACACCGCGGAAAAGGUGUGGCUGAACAUGUUCAAAGGGAGGUACCCCGCCUCCGGGGACGUGCUGGCGCUGAAGGACUUUAUCCGGGACACGUUUGUGAACCGGCGCUACUGCGAUCAGGCUGCCCACGCCAGUCUGAUGAAGGCGUGGGAGGACCCACAGGCCGCCCUGGCCGCCCCGCCAAAGGCACCAGCAGCAGCAGUAGCGGCCGCCACCUCACUGGCUCCACCUCCACCCCCUCCAUCAGCCCCGGCAAAGCCCACGGCAGAACCACAGCGAGUAACGUCGGCACCGGCGAGUGCGCAGCCGCCGGCAACGGACAACGUCUUCGACGACUUGUUUGCAGCGCCCGUCCAGGCACCCGCCAUGCCGCCACCACCCUCGUCCUCUGCGACUGCGGCGCCUCCGCCAACGGUCCCCGCUCCGCUGCCACCUCCGCAGAAUGUGUCAAGCCUUGUGGAUGAUCUCUUUGCUGGUGCACCUGCCGCACCUCCGCCAGUCACCUCGGCACCGACCAGCGGCUACUCUUCUGCCCAGCCCCAGCAAUUUGCCGGCUUUGGCGGUCCCUCCUACACACCGUCGGCGGCACCUCAACAAAGUCCGUACGUGGACAGCACCUACGCUAGCCAGCCAUUUUCGUCUGGCAUGCCGCCGCCUUCGCAGCAGCAGCAGCAGUUCUUCAACUUUAGCGGACCUCCGCCACAAACCACGUACGGAAACCUACCAAAUGCCUUUGGUAACUUUAGCAGUAACUUUGCGCCGGGUAUGCCUUCAAUGCAGCAACAGGCACCGCAGCAGCAGCAGCAGCAGUACCUCGGGUACAGCGCGCCGUUCAAUGCACCUCCAAUGCCGACUCAAGUCCCAUACGCCGCCUACAACGGCGCAGCGCAGACUCCCUUUUCGGGGCCACCACCUUCGCAACAUCAACAGCAGCAGCAUCAACAACCGGUAGCGGACUUCAGCGCACCACUAACAUCCACCCACCCCACGCACGCGAACGAUCCCUUCAAGAAUCUGGGCGAUGCGAGUGUCUUUGCCCACCUCGGCGGCCCUCCCACGGGAGCGGUGCAGCAGCCAUCGGGCGGUGGGCCGAGUUCGUCCCAGCCCGCUCCACCGCAGAACGCGUUGCCGAGUUCGUGGGGUCAGCCGGCACCUUCUCCGGCGCAACCGUUUGCGUGGGGAGAGCCGAUGCCUCAGCAGCAGCAGCAGCAGCCGUCUCCGAACAACUAUAUGGGUGUGCCGCCGCCUUCCUCCACCUCCACCGAUCCCUCAGGAAUGCCGUUCGGUUCCCCGCAUGGACAGGGAUGGGGCUCUUCUGCGUCCAAAACAUCGUCCAGUCCGAACCGCAGCCGCAUCACCGUGCUCUCCGUGACGAAGUCCAACGAGCCUGCGAAGGAUGUUCCGCCAAUGUGGCAGUGA